AUGUUCCAAGCCUACACCAAGUAUGUCCCACACACUAACCACACGCGUACCACAAUCUGGAGGGAUCCCCCCUUACCCUUGUUGAUGUUUUGUGUGUGUGUGUGUGUGUGUGUGUGUGUGUGUGUGUGUGUGUGUGUGUGUGUGUGUGUGUGUGUGUGUGUGUGUGUGUGUGUGUGUGUGUGUGUGUGUGUGGUUGACGCUGAUGCCAACCCAUGUCGCUUUGACGCCCCUCCAUCUCUCUCUCUCCCUCUCUCUCUUUUCAAUCUCUCAAUCCAACCUUGCCUCGUCAAUCUGCGGCUCAUGCGAUCGGUGAGCUCGCAUCUCAAGCUCGACAUCUGCCUCAAGAGAAAUGAUCCACCCCGGGGCUGCUGCCGCUGCUGUGCUUCCCUGCGCACGCAUUUCAUCCUUUUCGGUGUCCUUGGCGUUCUUUGUCUGGUCAUUGGUCUCGUGGUGAACCCGGUCAUCGAUUCGCUCAUGGUCAAAACCAUCAAAGAAAAUGUGGAACUCAAGUCUGAAAACUCCCAGCUCUACCCGAUCUGGUCCAACACCACCAAAGUCCCUACCUACAUGACCUUUUACAUGUACAAUCUCACCAACCCCGAGGAUGUUCUUCAGGGUGGCAAGCCCAGGGUGAACCUAAUUGGCCCAUUCAAUUACCUCGAAGUGCGCAUCAAGGACAACAUCACCUGGUCCAGCGACUCCACCCGCGUCUCCUACACAUACAAACGCGCCUUCACCAUCAUCGACACCAAAUGCCCAUCCGGCGUUCUCUACCCCAACAUCACUUGUAGCCUCGAUGAUGACAUGAUCAUGACCACCGUCAACAUCCCCCUCAUGCAGAUCGCCUCCCUCUACGCCAGUUUUGACAACAAAUUCAUCAAAGGCAUUCUCCAAAAUUUCAUCGAGUUCUGGCGGAGUAAAUAUUCCGAAGGUUUGGCCACAACCAAUGCCGCUUCUCUCACUGCUCAACUGCUCGUUCUAGAUGCUGAUAGCGAGACCCUCAUCAUUCAACGCCCUGUCAAGGAGAUCAUUUGGGGAUAUACCGACCCCAUCUUGGCAAAUGAAUUUGAUGCUUUGAUCGAAGAAGUAAAUGACUACUUGCGCAAGCAGAAUAAAACUAAUUUCAUUACCCCUCUCCCAUCAGUGAUCCAAAUCCAAGAGAACGACCCGUCAUAUACCAAGACUCAGCGCUCAGAGAUUUACACGGGCACGGAUGAUAUCAACAAGGUGUAUACUUACACAGCCUGGGCUGGUCACGAGGGCAGUAUCGGCCUCUGGAAGGGCACCAAUUGCCCCAACACGACCCUCGGUCGAGACUACAUCAAAUGGGCCAACGCGAUCAACGGCACUGAAGCUUUGAGCUUUCGCCCAAACCUGAAGGAAGGCGACGUUAUCAAUGUCUUCUCGGACGACAUCCGACGCUCUUCUCGCUUGGUGUACAAUAACACGCUCAAGACCAAGGGCAUUCGAACUUUCCGCUUUGUCAUCGACCCAUUGGCCUUGGCCAACGCGAGUGAGAAUGAGCAAAUGUGUGCUUUCAAUGCCUAUCAGCCUACUGGGACGCUGAACAUGGAGGAGUACGUGGGUGGCCCCGUAUAUGCAAGCAAGCACCACUUUCUCGAUGCCGAUCCCAUUUACUUGGAAUUGGUGGAUGGCAUCCCGCCACCGGAGCGAUUGCUGCACGAUGUGACCGUGGACGUGGAGCCCCAUACGGGCUCGACCUUUGAAGCUCACCAGCGUCUCCAGAUCAACGUGAAGAUGACGCGGGUUCCUGGCUUGGCCGACUAUGGCAAUCUCACGGCGGCUGGCUUUUAUUUGCCUGUCACCAAAGUGGACGAACAUGCCAUUGUGACCGAUGACCUGGUCAGCCAAUGGCAAGAUCAGGUUGGCUUGGCAUUGGAGGUACGCGAUGACGCACACGAGGCUGGCAUCAUCACCGGCUCAGUCUGCCUGGGCAUCAGCUUGAUUUUCCUGCUGGCAUUCAUUCGUACGCGCAACCGCGCGCGCAACGAUGAGGAUGCGCCUCUCUUGGGCUCUCGCUACAGCACUGCCAUCAUCCAUCCCCCUUCACACACACACACACUCUCUCUCUGUCUCUCUCUCUGUCUCUCUGUCUCUCUCUGUCUCUCUGUCUCUCUCUCUCUCUCUCUCUCACUUCAUUCCAUUGUUGUUGAAAUUUGGCAGAGAGCGGGCAACCAUGUGCACUUCAGCAUCGCAUCGAGUGUCACGAACAUGCUCUCUGGGCUUUUACCCGAGGUCACCCAGUUUUUGAGCCAGGUGGACCAGCCACACCUGAGCCAGCUCCGGCUGACUAAGGUGACACCAACUCUACUAGUUCGCAUGAUGAACCAGCAUGCUAUCCUGCUCCAAAGGACAUACAGGCCCUCGAGUGAGACCAAGCCGCUCUCCGAUUUCCAAAACCUGCGAGACUGUAUCAGAGUCCUGCUCCCAAUGGUCCAAGGCUGUGUGGGCAGAGGCGUUCCUGAUCAGGACAACCUCCAUUGGUGCCUGGUCCUUGCUGAGCGCGCUCUGUGGCUACAAGAUGAGAAGAAAAUGUCGGAGCCGUUCCUCGAGAUAGCGCAAGGUACCAGUCUAGCCAAUCCCAGCAACCGCCCCGCUGUGAUACAAGCGUUGGUCAAGUGUUUCAAAGAAGGGUGGCUGCCGUUCCCCUGGAAGCGACUUGAUUCUCGUUUCAAGGCUGCCCAACUGAUUGCAAAUCUCAAGCAACACAAUUGCCCGCCCAUUCCGGGCGAUCUGAAGCCGCACAACGUCAAAAUGAUAGCCCAAGGCUUGCUUCCCCUCAAGUUUGAAAAGACUGUCGAAGACCCUGGUCACUUUGAGGCCAUGGGCUUCCUGCACGAUGAUAGUGACUAUGAGAGAAUGGAUGUGCUCGUGGACCUGUUUCAGGAGCAGGAGCGUCUAAAGGCCAAACGCAAAGAUCAAGAAACGUCCACGCUGGAAGAGUGGAACAAUGAGAGUUUUAUUCGGGAGAGCGUGGAGGAGUGCUUCAAGAGGUACGGCAAUGAGCCAAUCCUUUUCUCUGCACAGCUGCUGCGCGACAUCAUUUAUGAGAAGCACAAAGAGUGCACCCAAUUCAAGCCGUCGCUGGUCAAGAACGUGAUUGACUUUUUCCAAGCGAGGCGCAUGUUGGAUUUCAGUGCGGGCUGGGGCGAUAGACUGGCGGGGGCGCUGGCGGCUAACGUGGAGCGCUACCAGGGCUACGACCCCAACACCGACCUGCGCCCGGGCCACCGGGCCAUUUUUCGGGCCUUUGAUGGGCCUGAAAUCGACGGGCGCUUCGACAUCUCCUACCAGGGCUUUGAAACUGCAAAAGUUGAGGGCACCUUUGACCUCGUCUUUACGUCGCCGCCCUUUUUUGACUUUGAAAUUUACACCAAGCUGCCAGGCCAGAGCGUGAGCAAGUUCCCGAGUCUCAACAAAUGGAUUGUACACUUUUUGUUCGUGUGCAUUCACAAGGCGUGGGCGGCGUUGGAGGAGAAUGGCCACGUUGUGAUCCACAUUACGGACGUGUACAAGGACAAAGUGUGCGAAAAAAUGUGCCUUCUCGUUCUAUGGCUUUUGCCUGGCGCACAUUACCGUGGUGUACUCAACUCGGUGGGAGGUGCAAGGCGACCCCGCCCGCUGUGGGUGUUUCAGAAGCGGCAUGAUUUGAAAAGCCGAGCGGUUUCCGCGGGCAAGAUGCUGGCCAGCAGUCAAUGGCUCGGCGAUGAUGAAAGCAAAAAUCCUCCUGUCUUCAAGCUCGCAUGUGAGGCCUUUGGCAUUGACUCAAAAGGUUGGGAACAGCAGAUGCCUCUGCAGUAUAGUGAUGCGGACCAGGAUAUCAUGAUGCCCAGCUCUGGGGCGCAGCCAGCCAAUCUGUCGGCGUUGCUACGUAUUCCAAAAGUGGAACUGCACGCGCAUCUCAAUGGAUCUUUGGCACCGAGGACGCUGCGUAAGCUGCUCUCUCGACGCCCGGACCUCACGCUGGAGCAGGUGCAAGGCGCCCUUCAUGAGAUUGACCGCAGCGACCUCGACUUUACCAGCUGCUUCCGCCUUUUUGGCGUUGUGCAUCAGCUUGUGCGCACCGCAGCCGACGUAGAGCUGAUCACCUAUGAUGUGGUUGAAGACUUUGCCAACGACGGCACCUGUUAUUUGGAACUUCGCUCAACCCUCAAGGAUCGGCCCGAGUUCAACCUGAACAAAGAAACGUACCUACAAGCUGUGCUAACGGGAUUGGACCGCGCCCAGCGAGACUUUCCCAUUCGUGUCAAAUUUAUCGUCAGCAUCAACCGUUCUCGCUCCCUACAGGAUGCCUGGGAGUCGCUUCACCUGGCCAUCAAGUACAAGAGCUUUGGGGUUGUUGGUAUCGAUUUGUGCGACGACCCAGAGCAGGCCACGGGACAUGCCUUCCUUUUGGCAGACUCUUGCCCUGCUAUCGGACGAUUCCUGUGGAGGCUUACUCGUCUGGUGGUGCUCCAGGUGUGCUUGAGCUCCAACAUCAUGUCCAAGUCGUGCACGGCCCUCGAAGUGCACCAUGUACUGGAUCUGGCUCGAGAGGGCCAUCCCUUUGUCAUUUGCACCGACGACAAAGGUAUCUUUCGUACCACCUUGACGCGUGAGUACGAGCUUGCAGCCUCUUUGCUGGGAUGGGGCGUGUAUGACCUGGCGCGGAUGAGUCGCGCCGCUCUGGAGUAUGGAUUCCUGACACCAAUGGAGCGUCAAAGCAUUGUGGAGCGCUUUUUUGACCCGUACUUUUCGGGUGAACCCCAAGCCAAGCGCAGCCGGCGCGAUGUGCAAUGUAUGGAAGAGCAGGCGGACUCGCUAUGCAACGUGCAGCUUUACUACUUUACAGAUUUGUGCUAUGUGUCAGUCAAUUACAAGCCCAUCGUGCCGGGUCACAGCAUAGUGAUCACCCGCCGACCCGUCCAGGACGGCUCGGAUGCCGGCCAAACGGUCCCGCAUGUGCAUCUUCACAUUCUACCUCGCCGACCCGCCGACUUUGAGCGCAACGACGACGUCUAUGAUCACCUUGAAAAGGCAGGACAGGCACCCAAGGGUGUGCACAUGGAUGCACCCGAUACACGCCCCGGCCGUACCACCGAGGAUAUGGUGCAGGAAGCCACCAUCUACCGUGCGCUCUUCCCUGAUCACAACACCCCAUUUGGGUUUGAGGACGCAUGA